AUGGCUGCUAAGAUCUCAUACUUCAUUAUAUUUGGAAUAAUCACUGUCGUAAACGCAAAACUGGCAGCAGACGACCCAAAAGCUUACGUAACAAGUGAAUUUGGACUCCAAAAAAUACUGCAGCUUUUAACCAAUCAAGGUAAAUACGAUAUUGCACAAAGUCAUCACGAUGAUGGGCCCAAGAACCAUCAUGAAGACACGGCUCGUUUAUCCAACGACGGCAAACAUCGUGGCAACUACAACAAAAAAGGAAAUCAAUAUGCUACCCAGUACUACGAUUCUGUCGAAGAGGAGACCUAUAACCGUCGGCCCUACAACAACUUAGAAGUUCUUAACAAUGAUUUUCAAAAUAACGGUGAUAAAUUACAGCACAAAUCUGAUGCAAACGAUGUGCUAGAUCGCUUACUCCUCGUAUCACUUGAUUCUAAUAAUUUGAAAGUGUACAAAGCAAGAGAAAACGAAAAAAAUAAUAAAGACAUAGUCGCUUUCCUAAAUGAUUUAGAGAAAAACAUUGCUGACGAUGGAAACUUUGUAAGUGAGUUACGAUGCGCAGGAAAUAGAUGUGGAAGAGACAGGAACAAUCAAAACGAUGACUACAAAGAUGAUAAUAGAGAUAAUCUAGAAUUAUUGCGUGAAGUCGACGGUCUUAAUCUGGACUCGAAUCUGUUAAAGAAAAAAAUAAAACUAAGUGACGAUUUAGAUGCUGUAGUCCUGGGGAUGUCGGACGUCGAGCGUUUAUUAUCAAAACGUAACUCGCCGAAUUUGCGGCAACAAUCUAAUUUGAAACGUCCAGCGUUGCUCAAAAAUGUUGAUUUAGAAAAUCUCCUAAAUGGACAAGGGGACAUUAAAAAAUCGAAUGUAGAAGCGCUUGUGUUUGAUUUAACUCGAGUAGACAAUGGGGACGUUUUAGCGACACAGAUCAAGGAACUAAUCUCGGACAACAAUAAGGGACAGGACGAUGAGUUUGACGGUUAUGUCAAUAUUAAAAGACAACUAAACGACCGUGGGAACGAUGCGAAGAAAGGUAAAUACCAAAUAUUGGCACAUAACGAAGACAAUAACAAUGUGUAUGUACCAAAGUGGUUGCUUAACGAAAUUUCGAAACCAAACGUAAAACCAUACAAUAUUCUUCAGUUACUGAAUUUUUAUUUGCCUACAUCGAAACAACAGGUAAAAAGAAGGGGAGACAGAUUAGCAGAAGAAACAGAAGAAAGAAAUAGAAACGUACAUUACCGCCGUAACUUUGAUCAAGAAGUAGGAGUUCCAUUCCACUUAGAAGUUCAAGGCUUAGGUCAAGUCAGUCCUAAUGCUCCUUAA